AUGGAACCAAUGCUGGAUAAUGAGCGACUUUCCAGAUGCUCCUAUAUUAGUAGUAUUGAGCCACCUGAAAGAACAGAACCAAUAUAUGUGGAAGAUAUUAAAACAGAUCUCUCUGCUGAAUUUUCUUUGGUUUCUUCAUGCUCAGAUACAAGCCAGACCAAUUUGGAGUCUAAGGGACACAUAGAAGUUUGUCUGCGUAUUAGGCCAUUUACAUCAUUGGAAAGAGAGAAUGAAUUCCAGGACUGUGUUUCACUUGAAGACUCAAGAAGCGUCAUCCUGAAGGCCCCCCAAAACUCUUUGAGUCGACUAAGUGAAAAGAAUGCUGGACAGAUGAUACAGAAGUUCACUUUUUCAAGAGUGUUUGGACCUGAAACAACUCAAGAAGAAGUCUUUGAAGGCGCCAUGAGGCAGCCUGUGCAGGAUUUCUUAGAUGGAUAUAAUCGCCUUAUUUUUACAUAUGGUGUUACAAAUGCUGGGAAAACCUACACAUUCCGAGGGACAGAAGAUGAUGUCGGUAUUCUGCCAAGGACUAUGGAUAUGUUGUUUAAAAGCAUUCGAGGAAAGUUAUACACAGCAAUGGAUCUCAAACCCAAUCGUUGUAGAGAUUAUAUAAAGCUGACUGAAGACCAAGUGAGAGAAGAAAUUGCUAUUAAAAAUUCAAUACUUCGCCUAACAAAAGAGGUAAAGAAUCACUUCUUCCUAUACUGAUGAGUAUGCACAUCUUUAGAUAGCUCAGUGUUACCCUGUUCAUUUCUCAAUAGAAAGACAUUGUAUUUAAGCACGGGCAUAUCUAUUUGCUGUCAGCCAGCUAUUUGGAUGAGCAGUAAAGUGGGCAGUAGAGCUGAUGAGCCCUGUUUUCCUGUGGGUUUCUGUCUUGUAGCUGAAUACUUGGUAGGAUGUAAA